AUUAUCUUCUUCUCUGUUUUCUCCUCUCUUUCUGGAAGCUUGCAAAUUCUUGUCCAAACUCCUUCCUGUCUUUCCAUUUGUGCUAUACUGUACAGUUUGUGUUUGUAUACGAAGCAAACACCAUGCCUUUUUGUGAGGUAGCUAAACAACAGACCAGUUUAGAUGAUACAGUUGAUGCUGCUAGCAGCAGCAGCAGCAGCAGCAACAACAACAAAGGCAUCAAAAUCUUUUACAAGACUUAUGGUCAUGGCCCCACAAAAGUUCUUCUCAUUAUAGGAUUGGCUGGGACACAUGAUUCAUGGGGUCCACAAAUAAAGGGACUUACAGGUACAGAGAGGUCCAAUGACGACGAUAGAAUGAGGGCCAUUGAUCCGAACUCAAGUGAUAGUGGGGGUUGUGGGUAUGGUGGCAAUGGUAUUCAAGUUUGUGCCUUUGAUAAUCGUGGUAUGGGAAGGAGUUCUGUGCCCACCAAGAAAUCUGAAUAUACAACAAAAAUAAUGGCAAAAGAUGCAAUUGCUUUGAUGGAUCAUUUGGGUUGGAGAAAAGCUCAUAUAUUUGGCCAUUCAAUGGGUGCUAUGAUAGCUUGCAAGUUAGCAGCAAUGGUGCCGGACAGAGUUCUAUCUUUGGCAUUACUUAAUGUGACCGGUGGAGGUUUCGAAUGUUUACCAAAGCUUGACAGUCGAACAAUAUCUGUCGCUAUCCGUUUCUUGAAGGCAAAAACUCCUGAGCAAAGGGCUGCAGUUGACUUAGACACCCACUACACAAAGGAAUAUCUUGAUGAGCAUGUUGGGUCUAGCACAAGAAGAGCAAUUCUGUAUCAGGAAUACGUCAAAGGUAUAUCAUCAACUGGAAUGCAGUCUAGUUAUGGUUUUGAUGGUCAAGUCAAUGCUUGCUGGACGCAUAAGAUGACACGAACAGAAAUUGAAUUAAUCAGAUCUGCUGGAUUUCUUGUAUCAGUCAUACAUGGCAGGCAUGAUAUCAUUGCUCAAAUAUAUUACGCGAGGAGGCUUGCAAAGAAGUUGCAGCCUUUUGCUAGAUUGGUUGAUCUCCACGGUGGGCAUCUAGUGAGCCAUGAGAGGACCGAAGAGGUCAAUCAAGCUCUUUGUGACCUGAUCAGUGCUUCGGAUAAAAAGAUGAACCCACAUGUUUGGACUAAUUUUCCCAAGGAAAGCUCUCGGUGGUCAGAGAAAGGAUCAUUAUUAGGUAAAACAUGUGUAGAGGGUAAAACCGACGACAUCUGCUCGACAGUUUGUGUCAUCGAAAAGCUGCAUCUAAGCAUAUCAUAUGUCUUCGGUCUCUUUGUGUUCAUGUUUGAGUAUAUACAAAGGGCCAUAAGAAGUCGGCAUCCAGCCAGAGUUGGAUCUUCCCUCACAUAAGCUAAUUAGUCAAUAAAAUCCACCAUUUUUACAGGUUUAUUGACUUGUGACCCUUGUGGCGUGGCCCCAUGUGACCAUAACUGGGGAACUAUACAUUCAAAAUAAAGAGCAACAAGGCCAAGCAGACCUUGUUAUGACAUAAAUUAACAUCAUGAUUCAGGAGGCUGUAUAAAGAAACCUGAAACCACCAUCAAGGCAUAUCUCAAGCCCUUGGAUUUUGUUUACCAAGUAACAAUGUUAUUAAUAAAUUGGUUUGGGGGUGAGCAAAGACCUCAAUGGAGAAGUCACAAUAAGUGACCCAUUUUGGCUUUGUAUACCAGCAGCAAAUCAUUUUUACUGCUUA